AUGGAAGAAGAUGAAUUUGAAGAAAAUGUUGGAAAUAAUGAUGAUUUUACUGAAGAUAUUGUUGCAUCGACUGGUCUUGGUCUUUCACUUGAAAAACGUUUUGAACGUUUAAGUCAAUCAGAUCGUAUUGAUCAAUUAUAUGGAUGUUUACGUUAUUUAGAAUUUGAAGAACGUAUUGGUUGGCUUUAUAAUUUACAACCAUGUGAAUUAUUUGAUGAAGAACGACGAAGAUUUGUAUCAGCAAUUGAUCUUUAUUUUAUUGGUGAUAUAGGUGAUCGAUUUAAAAUUUCCGUUAUAUAUCCACCGUAUUUUUAUGUUGGAGCAAAAGUUGGACGAGAAAAUGAUGUUUAUGCUUAUUUAUCAAAACGAUAUCAUAAUCGAUUUUUAUCAUGUGAUCUUGUUGCAAAAGAAGAUUUAGGUAUGAAAAUUGAUUAUGUUUAUAUAUAA